AAUCGCUGUUGCAACUUCCUUCGCUGUGCAGCACCAAGCUUUCAUCCAUUAGAACCAUGAUGGACAGUCAGUCAAAUAACCAUCCGUACACGAUUGUGCGUAUCAAGCGCAAACGCACGGAUGAACCGCUCGACGCACUUGUCGUCGAGUCCCGGGUUCGCAAAAAGAGGUCAAAAGGUGGUCGCGAUGUUUUUCAAUUUGUUCAAACCGUCGAGAAGACCGUCUGGGAGGAUAAGCAACUGCAGGAGACGCUACAGAACCAAAUAUCGAGAUUGUCGCAAAGCCACGAUGACCCUAACAUGCAGCCCUCGGCACCUGUGGAUGUCACGAACCUGUCUGGGGCCCAGCGCCAUCGGCAAUUAGUUGAUGAAGGAAGACGCUACACAAUCGUUCCUACACGUGAAUCUACUGAAAAUACCAAGUUUGCUACCAGUCCUCCAAAGGUCAUAUCUGCGAAAGAUAUUCAAUCGCAAAGUGACUUCAGGAUGUACGAUGCCGUUCCAGCUGAUACGAAGCCUGCGUCUCCCAUCUUUGACUCCGACAUGGAAAAUUUCUUACCUAUGCUACAAAAUUACUUGCGGAUGAAUGACGAGCCCUCGCAAGUUCUCUCAGCUGCUCCCCCAGUGGAGGACUAUGUUUGGGACGUGUUCUACAGGCGCCCUUGCACCCUCAGUGAAUGGAAUUCAGUUGCUAAUAUUGGAAUGCUUGAAGGCCUUCCUCCCUCACUAGAUGAUCCUUACUCUAGUGACUCGGAUUCCGAGGAGGAAGAUAAUGCUGACGAAGACUCAAAUGGUAUAUCUGCGGUUUGGCAUCAAAACCUUCAUCUGAUGCGACAUUUCCCAGCCGAGGAAUAUUACAAGAAUGACUAUCCAGAUGAGGAUGAUUCGGAUGACAGUGAGGGAAGUGAUAUAUUUCAUGAAGGCUCUGAAGCGGAAGACGAUCUUCAGUACGACAAUCCGAGUGACGAAGACAACUAUUGGAGGUAAGGAAUUUGUUCAUAGAAUUUGAAUUUGUGGCAUAAGGAUGGACACAACACACACAUUGUACUA